AUGAAACCCAAAACUUCGGAGAAGAAGGAAGUCACUCCAGAGAUUCCAUUGAGACCAAGUUUCGAACCUACAGAAAAAGAUGCCACUCCAGAGGUGCCUUCAAGACCAAGUUUAGAGCCGGAUGCCUCAAAGGAAAAAGACGCUACUCCAGAAGUGCCUUCAAGACCAAGCAUAGGACCUGAAAUUUCAGACAAGAAAGAAGUGACCCCGGAAAUCUCACUGAGACCAAGCUUGGAGCCUGAAGGCUCGGAGAACAAAGAAGUGACUUCGGAGGUUCUCUCGAGACCAAAUGUUGAACCGAGUGAGAAAGAAGUGACUCCUCCAGUACCCUCCAGGCCGAACCUGCAGUCGGUGGGAAGCGAGGAGGAAGAGAUUCCUGAACUACCAAAUCAGAUUGAGGCUAGCGAGGAAAUUGAUUCUCCAGUAUCUGAUGCCCUCACUAAAACAGAUUCGGCUACAGAAACGAGUAUACCCACCCCACAAAUAAGCACCAGACCUACUAUUGAUGGAAUACCAGCAGAAACCUCUACCAAAACUGAAUCAGAAUCAGUGGAGAAAUCAGAAGAGGCAGAGGCGAAGGGCAUUCUUGGUGCCUCGGAGGAAAUUUUAUCGAAAUCUACUCGAGAAGCAGCUAUACUAGAAAGGCCAGUUGCAAAUGAAGAACUGGCGAUCCCAGAAAAGCCGGUUUUGGAUGCAAAAUCGGCCACUUCAGAAUCGUCUAUAACUUCUACAGCUCCUGCACCUGCACUACCACCGGUACCCAGAAGGCUCACCGAUGGAAGCCUUUCGGAUGCCUCUUCAGAAACUAUCACUAAGAAGCCACCUCCAAAAGUUCCCAAGAAGCCAAGCUCCAGAAUUGCCGCUUUCCAGCAAAUGUUUGCGCAGCAAGAAGCUCCUGCCCCAGUACCAAGGAAGAUUCCACCUAGACCCAAACCAAAAAGCACGGAAUCAUCAGGGGCCGAGAGUUUGGAGAUAUUCAGUGCUGACUCGCCUACUUCGCAACCUCAGAUAACCUCCAGGUUUACAGGAGCAAAAGCCGAUUUUGCGAAAAACCUGAACGGGAUGAUUGGGUUCGGGCUUCCUGGGAUGGUCCCAAUGCCGGGAAUGGCCAUGCCUGUUCCUACGAGAGCGGAUGAGGCUGAUGAUACUGACCAAGAGAAAGCAACCGUUGCAAAGCCCAAUGACGUGAGGAAGUCAAGGGCCAGGGGCCCAAAAGGACGUAGUUUGCCGAAGACAGUGAAGGUGGCUGUCGAGGAUGACUCAAAUAAGUCGAGGUACGAGAUAUUUGUUUCUGAAGUGUGGAGGUUUGAGACAGAAACUGAAGAACAGACCAAUGAAAGUACGGAGAACCCUGAAAAAGAGUUGGAGAAGGAGAACGAAAAAGAAACUGGGGCGGAAUAUGUUACGAUAGUCACCAGUAAAGCGGCCGAAGAGUACGCUGCUGAGGAUAUCCAUGAAGAGACCACGAAAACCACACAGCAAGAAGAAUUGGUUAUUCCUGACAAAACUGAAAUUUUACCGAGCUCUUCCUCCAAACCUACGGAAAUUUCUGCUGAAGUGAUUCCAGAAGCUGUUCCGGAAGUGGUCACUGGGGCUGACACAGAAAAUUUGGUUGAGGCAUCACGAGCCGCAAUUGAGGACUCAGACCCGGUCUUGGCAUCUGUGGCUGACGAUCAGCCACAACCGGACGAGGCUGAGUCCGAGGAUUUGGGGGAAGGAGUGAAACCAAUUGAGAAAACAGUUGAUGAACCACUUGAGGAAUCCGAGAAAACGGCCACAAGAAGUGAAGGUGAGUCCAAGGACCCAGUUUCACCCUUGGACCCUACUGCUGAAGACCCAACUGUAGCCGAAGACAAUGAUCAACCCAAUUGA